CACCGGAGUGCAGGUCUGCGCUCUGACCAUGGCUGACUUUGGGGAAGUCCUGCGUAACAUAGGGGAGUUUGGAUUGUUUCAGAAGACCAUCCUCUUUGCUCUUUGCUUCCCAAACCUCAUCCUGCCUUUCCACUUUGCGAGCGUCAUUUUCACCCAGUCCGACCCGGAGCGGCACUGCGACACGGACUGGAUCCUCAGAGCUGCUAACCUGACCGCAGAGGAGCAGCUGAACCUCACCGUGCCCAGGGAGGAGGACGGGAGCUUCAGCCGGUGUCGGAUGUUCGUCCCUGUGGACUGGGACAUCCAGGACAUCAGGGACUAUGGACUCAAUGAGACAACAGGCUGCAGGGAUGGAUGGGUUUAUGGCAGCAUGCUGUAUGAAUCCACCAUAGUGACUGAUUUUGAUCUAGUUUGUGACCAGGCUCAUUUUUUGGGCAUUGCGCAGACGGUGCUGAUGGCUGGCAUCCUCGCUGGUUGUCUCUUACUUGGACCUUUCGCUGAAUCGUUUGGCCGUAAACGAGCGGCCCAGAUCCCCGUAGUUCUGAUGCUCCUCUUCUCUGUAACGACUGGGUUAUGUCCGACCUACCCUUUGUAUUUGGCCUCCCAGUUCAUGGCGGGAAUUGGAUAUGGAGGCUAUCGACUCAACGGCGUCAUCCUAAGCACCGAAUGGAUCGGUGUGUCCAAACGGUCCUGGGGAGCCUGCAUCACUCAGCUGUGUGGUGCUGUCGGACAGGCCGUCCUCGGCGGCAUGAUCUACUUCAUCAGAGACUGGAGACUGGCUCAGCUGGUCACAGCCGUUCCGUUUGCUGUGAUCGCUUUUUACAUAUGGUUUAUUCCAGAGUCGGCCAGGUGGUUGUUGGAGAGGGGACGGAGGGACGAGGCCGAAGAGCUGAUCAUCAAAGUGGCGGCCAUUAACAAACGCAAAGUUUCAGACUCUCUCCUGGAAAAGAUUACUGUCAAAGAAAAUGUGGAAAAGGGAGGCAUAAUAUGUCUAAUUAAAUCUCCUGUGUUAAGGAAGUAUUUCCUCACCAUCAUUUUGGCCUGGUUCUCCCUGAAUGUUACCUACUUCUGCCUUUCGCUGAAUGUGGGGAACUUCGGCUUGGACAUCUUCCUGACUCAGGCCUUGUUUGGACUCUCUGAAGUACCGGCUCACAUUGUUUGCAUCUGGCUGCUGGAGGCGGUCGGCAGGAAAGCGUCGCUGAUCACCACACUCGUGAUCGGAGGAUUUCUGUGCCUCUUGAUCCUCGCAGUACCUCAAAGUAAUGCCAUUGCUGUCACUGCGUUAGCCAUUGGCGGACGUUUUCUGACCAACUGGGCCGGCUCUAUAUGCAACCUGUAUGUUCAGGAACUGUUCCCGACGUCUUUUCGACAAACCGCCUCGGGUUUGGGCUCCAUCGCGAGCCGAGUCGGAGGACUGCUCUCCCCGCUGCUCAACAUGCUGGCCGUGUACCACUGGUCCAUCCCCAUCGUGGUCUACAGCAGCCUCACCGUCCUCAGCGGAGCCCUCUGCUUCCUGCUUCCCGAGACCAGAAGAACAGAACUCCCCGACUCGACCCGUCAAGCCGAAGGCAACUGGACGAAGAACAAGACGAAUCACCAACGAGACUCAAACGAAGAUUUGCAAAUCAAAUCAACCAAGUUUUAGUCUGUACAGUUUCAUUUUUCUAGAGCACUUAGAGGUUUCAUUGGAGCUCUGGCUGUGUAGCUACGGCUAAUCAGUGGAUUUUUAUUUUAUCUCCUGUAAUUGUCAAAGCAUCCAGACGGUUUGAUUGUUUAUCGAUACUAACGCUCAAUAAUUAAGAGAACGUUGUUUCGAGCUCCUAACUUUCAAAUCCUUUCCAAGUGGUAUUUAGGUUACAACCCAAUCUACUUUUGCAAAUAUGGAAUAAUCAAUCUGUUUUUGAUUUGUUUGUUUUUUAACUCGUGCGCUUAUGUUUUUGUGGGGAGAAAAAAAAUGACAAAUUUACAACCACUGAAAAAAAGAGGUAUGAAAUCAGGGCAUAAAACUCUGACUAACGGCUUUUACUUUGUUGAGACAUUUGUGUGAAAACCUUUUUGACAGAAGCUUCACGUCUCAUUAUUAUACUGGUUGCUGUUUUAUGAAAAUGUUGGAAACCUUUAUGGUUGCGGUGCUGCUUCAUUAUUGUAUAGAGUUUAUUUUUUGUGAUCUCUUUACGAAGGUAAAGAAAAAGUUUAGU